AUGAAAGCAACCUUGCUGCUGCUCAGGCAAAACUUCUAUGGAGGUGACCUCACCUCAAUGUAUGCAGAUAGCCUGCAUAGCUGUACGCAAUUCUGUGUGGAUAACACAGAUUAUGUGGCUAUCUUGUUUGUUGGAGGCAGUGGCGCUGGUCAUUGUUACCUGAAGAGCAAGAAAAAUGGACGAACUGAAAAUGAGAACGUCGACGGCAUGUUUGAUGCGGUUCUGUGGCUGGGAAUGACACUUACGAACCAUCAUAGGCGCCUAUUUGGAUACUCGGCUUCCGUUGACUUCCUCUACAGCAGACGUGGUGUCGACGAUUGUUUCAACUCCCGCUGCAUCAGCAUCCUCGCUGUCUACCUCCAUCGUAACGAUUAA